AUGGCGAACUCUCCUCACGGUGGUGUCCUCAAGGAUCUCAUCGCACGAGACCUUCCGAGACAGGCAGAGCUGGAGGCCGAGGCCGAGCGCCUUCCUGCUAUCACUUUGACCGAGAGGCAGCUCUGUGACCUCGAAUUGAUCCUCAAUGGCGGUUUCUCGCCCCUCGAAGGUUUCAUGAAUGAGGCCGAUUAUAACGGUGUCGUAAAAGAAAACAGGCUGUCUGAUGGCGUUUUGUUCAGCAUACCGAUCACUCUAGACUUGUCUGGGGAGACGAUCCAAGACCUGGGCCUCAAGCCGGGCGUCCGUGUGACCCUGCGUGACCUGCGUGACGACAGGAGUCUUGCCAUUCUGACGGUGGAUGAUAUUUACAAACCCGACAAGGUCCGCGAGGCUAAGGAGGUCUUCGGGAGCGACGACGAGGCCCACCCAGCCAUUAAAUACCUCUUCAGGACCGCCGCCGAGUUUUACGUAGGAGGUAAAGUAGAUGCGGUCAACCGCUUGCAGCAUUAUGACUUUGUCGACCUCCGAUAUACGCCGGCCGAGCUUCGAUUGCAUUUCGACAAGCUUGGUUGGAGUCGAGUCGUCGCCUUCCAGACGAGAAAUCCUAUGCACCGCGCGCACCGAGAGUUGACGGUCCGCGCUGCCCGCUCACACUAUGCCAACGUGCUCAUCCACCCGGUCGUGGGCUUGACCAAACCUGGAGACAUUGACCAUUUCACCAGAGUACGCGUCUACAAGGCGCUCUUGCCAAGAUACCCUAAUGGCAUGGCGGUCUUGGGCUUGCUCCCGUUGGCUAUGCGAAUGGGUGGCCCCCGUGAAGCCAUCUGGCACGCCAUCAUCCGCAAGAAUCACGGCGCAACUCACUUUAUCGUCGGUCGCGACCACGCUGGCCCGGGAAAGAACAGCCAGGGUGUCGACUUCUACGGACCCUACGAUGCCCAGUACGCGGUAGAGAAAUACCGCGAUGAGCUUGGCAUCGAGGUCGUGCCGUUCCAGAUGAUGACCUACCUGCCCGAUAAAGACGAGUAUGCCCCCGUCGAUGAAAUCCCGAAAGAUGCUCGGACGCUAAACAUUUCCGGCACCGAGCUGCGCUCGAGACUGAGGAGUGGCCGGGAUAUCCCCGAAUGGUUUUCGUAUCCUGAGGUCGUCAAAGUGUUGCGUGAGUCGCAUCCACCGCGGGCAGCUCAAGGGUUCACAGUCUUCUUGACGGGGUACACAAACAGUGGCAAGGACCAGAUCGCGAGGGCUUUACAGGUUACCCUUAACCAGCAAGGUGGAAGAUCAGUUUCGAUGCUUCUUGGUGAGACGGUGAGGCAUGAGCUAUCAUCUGAGCUGGGAUUCAGCAAAGAAGAUCGUAGCAAAAAUAUUGCGCGGAUCGCCUUCGUGGCGGCUGAGUUAACCAGGUCUGGUGCUGCCGUUAUCGCUGCCCCCAUUGCGCCGUUCAACCAGGACCGAGAGGCUGCUAAGGAGGCCGUCGAGAAGUACGGCGACUUCUACCUCGUCCACGUGGCGACACCAUUGGAACAUUGCGAAAAGACGGACAAGCGAGGAAUCUACGCCAAAGCCCGCGCUGGAGAAAUCAAGGGCUUCACUGGGGUUGACGACCCGUACGAGGCUCCUUCAAAGCCAGAUCUGGUAGUCGACUGCGAGAAGCAGACGGUACGAUCCAUUGUACAUCAGAUCGUACUCCUGCUGGAGAGUCGUGGGUUACUAGACCGGCUAUGA